GCACCCUGGGGGAGGAUGACAGCUCCUGCUAAGCUGCGAUAGCGUAUGAGAGAAGCACUGGUCCACGCGCACGCAGCUGGGCUCGGAGCGAUGAAUGGAGGUCGUCGGCGCCUGUGGUCGCUUGGUGAUGUGCUUGCGCAGGGUCACUUCCACAGUUGGGAGUACACAAGGUCGAUAAAGGCCUGGUGCCUCGUGAUGCAGCGAUAUUGCCGCCAUGCGAGGUCGCGACCAUGCAAAGUUGCUCUAAGUUGCCUGAUGCCGGCAUGCCAAGGGAGCCCGCCUGAAUGGAUGUUUUUCGAAUCCUGACGACAGAAGACCCUAGGAUUAAGCGGUGAUCCUUGUGAUCCGUGUAUGGGUCUUCUCCGUCAGUUCCCACGACUCCCGACCGGACGGGGUUUCGGAAGGUAGGCCAUGACAUAGGGAGUCUCAGGAGAAGUCAGCGAGCUCCCUCGUCACGUUGCCAACAUGCAGUCUAUUCCCCUAAGGGUGAUCUCAGUGAAGAGUGUAGAGCCGCUGGAGUUAUCCCUUUACUUCCGCCAACCCCACACACCCUGUCCGCGGUACCUUACCCAGCCGACUGGUCUGCAUCGUCUUGACGAUCUUCGGGCCAUCAAUUGCGUGCCUCCUGGACGCGGUUUAGGGGUAAUAAGACCGAGCUAUAAAGUUCACCAUAUUGGAAAUCGGCGGUGGUGCGCGAGAAAACAUGUCCGAUUCCCCGGCUGAGCUCCAGCGGCAGGCGUAUUUCCUUCUUGGUCCCUGGGUCAUUGGCUGUUGUCUCGACAUUUUUCUAGAGGGCGUCGUUAUUUGCCAGAUCGUCAAUUAUUUCGGAUGGUACAAAGAAGACAGCUUAUAUCUUAAAGCCUACGUUGCUCUUCUUGCCCUGUUUUCUGUCUUGAAGAGCGUCCAAGCCUUCGCCAUCAUCUGGAUCCAGAACAUUGUGUUCAUGAAUAAUGUUCCCGGUGCUGUGCUGCUGAACUACACGUUCUGGCUGCAAGCAGGCAAUCCGCUCAUCGUUGCUACAUUCAACGUGUAUGUGCAGGCCUACUUCUGCUAUCGGCUGUAUGUCGUGUCCAAGAAGUGGUUUGUGGUGGUGCCCGUCGCAACUCUCUUCGCCUUUGCAUACUUCUCGAUGAUCCUGGCCACCUACUACAUCACCCAGGGUGUGGGGGCGUCCAAGCAGAUCGCUGAUUGGUUCGCGGCGCAUCUCAGCUCGGUGUUCGCUGCCGAUGUCUCUAUGUCCCUGACGACGGCCUACUUCCUGCUCAAAACGAAGAAGAACGUGCUUCCGCAGACCGUCGGUCUCAUCUCAGCGCUCGUUCGACUCACUCUCCAAACCGCUGCUCCGGUCGCGCUCUGCGCUAUGUUCAAUCUCAUCUUCUCCCAAGUCUACACCGGCUCACAGAGUCUCGCGAGCACAGCGUUCAACAUGAUGCUCCCGAAGCUGUACGCGUUGUCGACGAUGUGGACUUUGAACGCCCGUCGCACCAUCCAAGCCUCGCGCAGCACGAGGGGCGUGUCAUCCAGCAACGAGAUCUCCGGUGGGCGGACGAGAAGGACAAGGCGGGAGGAUGUCGAGCUCGGCAACUUUGGUGGAAUCCAGGUGCACACGGUCCAGGAGACCGUCCAGCACAUCGACCUUCAGCAGGUCAGGGAUAUGUUCUCUGGCGACACCAAAUCCGGCGGUGUCACGAGCAGCACCCCCGGGACCGAAAACGAGAUGGAGUAUAAGGGCUAGAUGUAUUCUCUCGAACAGUGGUUGUUAUUAUAUGAUAUUUGUCACUCUUUUCGAUGUCGUUCUUUUCUGUGUAUCAAUACCCUGUGCUUCUUUUGGGG